AUGCAAUUGCCCACGCUUCCCAGCUGGAUGCGCCAUGGCCUGCCUGGCGUGGUGAGUUCGGACUCGCCGUUCCCGCCGUUGAAGCCCGAUAAACGGUACCGUGGAGUCUACGAGCGUGCUGGUUUCGAUGUCAACCUCGGUGGCAUGCAAAGAUCUUCCGAGAAUGGAUCUCCGGCGAUUUCUCAACAGGAAAGCUCCUCGCAUAGAUUCAACGGUAAAAAAGUCUCUCCGUCAGGCUCGCAUCACAGUCAUAGUAGUCGCUCGAGAGGCCGCACGCUGUCGGCGCUGCAGUUGAAGACACCAAUGUCUGCUCCGCUCAACUACUCUUCAUUCCAGGCGUCGCCGCAGUACAACAAUGAAAUACCGCCUCUGCAUUCGGCUCGCACGUUUGAACGGUCUGUCAGUAACCCGUACACUACCCAAACUCAGCAUAGACAAAACGAGGACUACGGUUAUACGCAGCAGGAAGACACGCGCUCCAAUCGUUCUUACGGAAGACAGCCUUCUUUGGGCGAGCUGGGCUCACACUCCGGCCAUCUGUCUAACAACGCGUCACAGCUCAACUAUGCUGCUGGAAACGAUCACUCCCAACAACUGUAUCAACCAUUUCAGCCAUUCCAACCCGCUCAAAAUGAAAAGAGCCUUCACAGCAUUUUAAAUGACAACACCAGCGCGCACCAAGAAGUGUCGAGCGAGAAAAACAAGAAACAUUUGAAGCUUGAUAUCCAAGACAGCAAUUUCUCCAUACACUCGGCUCUGCAAGUCAAUGACUCGAGCUCUUUGACGCACGAUAACUAUCCUUACAGCAAUGAUAGUAAUGCUGGAGGGCAUCUUGAGACAGAGUCCAGAAGCACUCGCGGCCACCGCCCCACUCUUAGUGACGCUAGUGCCGCAAGUGUGCAAACCUGCCAACUCAUGGAGUCUACGGCGCCUUACCCUGCCAAAGACUACGGCCAAUUGUACACGCCUUCAAGCGAAAAACAUUUGUCUUCAGAUCUCGCAGAUUUGAGACAGGAUGUUGAACACCAUAAGCGAGCCGAAUCUCGCUCCUCUGCAUCCGAACCAACCUCAUACCCACAUCACAAUCAAGUGAUGUAUCCAGACCAUAUGGCCGAAAACCCGUACAACUCCCAUUCAUACACCCACGGGAACCCAUCUGCCCACUUUAACAUGUCUGUUGAUGAAGCUGGAAGCUCACACGAGGACUUGUCUUUCAAAAGUAACGUGCGCCAUUCUGACGAAACCGUCAACACCACUGUUGAAGAUAUUCCUAACAUGCUCAAUGUAUACCCCGAGAAGAACAAUAGAACCGACGCUCGGCUUUCAACCAUCAGUUCCAUAUUGUCUAGAAGAGACCAAGACAGCCGAGGUGAGGACGAGGAGAUCGAGCGCGAAUUGGAAAGACAGCUCGAAGACUUGAAAACAGGUAGCAAUACCAGUCUGGACUUUGGAGGAAGAAUCAAUGAUUCAUUCAUUACUGCAUCAGAGGUCCCUGUCAAUCCCGGUUUCUUCGCCCCAGCAAUUUACAUCAAUGAUACUCCCUCUGUCCAUUCAACAGGUGAACUGCUCGAUGAAAGCUUAGACAAGCGUUCGUUUCAUGAAGCCGUGACUCCUCUCUUUUCGCGUGCUGAUAAUCCCAAGUUUGAUGACCUCAAAGAGCCAUUGACACCAAAUUUAGACCGCACUUACACCGAAGAUUGUGAUACUCCAGAGACCAUUAAGCCAUUGAGUCCAAAGGCACAUCAUAUUGCUCUGGAGCUCCAGAAUCUCAGAAUAAGCAGUCAAGUUGUAGAAGACUCGAAGCUCGAGGAGCCUCAGCAAUUAAUCUCAGAGGAUGAGAUUCUUGCUGCCAACACUACCCCUGCCGAAUUCGAUGCCUUUCCUCGUUCGGUGUUCGACCCAUCCGUUCCUUCCUUCAGAACGAAAAGUAUGGCAAGAACAUCGCCAGGGACUGGACCGUGCCGCUCAUGUCACACAGAAGUUGAAAAAGGGGCCAAGGGAUCACAAAAAGCAAUUUUUUCUCGUAGCGGUGAGUUGAGUGGUCAAUGGCAUCGUGGCUGCUUCCACUGCCUGUAUGACAACUGUGGAAUAGUAUUCAACAAGCAGAUCACACCAUACGUUCUUCUCGAUAACCCAUUCUGCCAUCACCACUAUCAUUCGCUUAAUGACACACUCUGUGGUUCAUGUAAUCGUGGAAUUGAGGGCGAAUGUAUUGAGAAUGAGUUAAAACAGAAGUGGCAUCCAGACUGUCUCAAAUGUGCUAAAUGCUUGAGCAAUAUCUCAGAGGACUACUAUUGUGUUAACAAUGAUAUAUUCUGUGAGGCAGAUGCAAUUGCAAUUAUUGAACAACGUAACAAGCUUGGAUUGCUGACCUCAGACAGGGUUGAAAAAAGAAGAACCAGAUUGAUGUACUUGGACCAGGGCCCAAGUUUCUAG